CCGCCUCAAUUUCUUCUCUCUCUUCUUUCUCUCUCUACAAUUUGUUUCAGAAACAAAUAAUUUAUCAUGGCUGAGGAAACCAAGAAGACGACUGCUGAGGCUGCGUGUGAGGAGGUUGUGGUGGUGGCUGAUGUGCCGGUGGCGGAGAAGCCCACAACCACCGUGGUAGAGAAGGAGGCGCCGCCUCAGCCCGAGCCGGAGCCGGAGCCGGAGGCGGAGAAGGUGGAGAAAGCGGCGGCGGCGGAAGGAGAGAAGGAGGAAGCAUCUGAGGAGAAGAAGGUUGCGGAAUCUGCUUCUUUUAAGGAAGAGAGCAACAAGGUUGAUGAUCUCAUCGACCCAGAAAAGAAAGCCUUGGAUGAACUCAAGAAGCUGAUUCAUGAGGCUCUCUGCAAGCGAGAAUUCACCGCCCCUCCGCCGCCGCCGCCCCCCGCCGUCAAGGAGGAGGAGAAGAAGGUAGAGGAAGAACCAAAACCUGAAGAGAAAAAGGAAGAAGAGGAGACCAAAACCGAAGAGAAGAAAGAAGAAGAGCCCAAAACCGAAGCUUGCGCUGAAGUUCCGGCGGCGGAGCCUGUGAAGGAAGUUCCGGCGGCGGUGGUGGAGGAAAAGGCACCAGAGCCACCAUGCGAAACAGUAGUCGAAAAGAUCGAAGAAAAAGUGGAAUCCCUCGUGGAAGAGAUCAAAGAAACAAUAGUCCACGAAGUCACCGCCCCUGCUCCACCACCACCAUGCGAGGAGGAGCCAAUCGCCGCCGCCGCCGCCGCGGCGGAGGAAACCACACCGGAGGAGGUCUCAAUCUGGGGAAUCCCACUCCUCGCCGACGAGAAGAGCGACGUCAUCCUCCUCAAAUUCCUCCGGGCCAGGGACUUCAAGGUGAAGGACGCGUUCGCCAUGCUCAAGAGCGUGGUGACGUGGCGCAAAGAGUUCAAAAUCGACGAGCUGAUCGAAGAAGAAGGCAUAAUCAACGGCCUCGACAAGGUGGUGUACAUACACGGAUGCGACAAAGAAGGACACCCCGUAUCCUACAACGCGUUCGGAGAGUUCCAGGACAAGGAGCUGUACAACAACACUUUUGCAGAUGCUGAAAAGAGAACCAAGUUCUUGAAGUUCUACAUCCAGUUCUUGGAGAAGAACAUCAGGAAAUUGGACUUCAAGCCAGAUGGCACGUGCACAAUUGUUCAGAUAACUGAUCUCAAGAAUUCACCUGGGCUUCUCUUGUACAAGAAAGAACUCCGACAAGCCACCAACCAGGCCCUCCAGCUCCUCCAGGAUAAUUACCCUGAAUUUGUUGCCAAACAGGUGUUCGUCAAUGUUCCAUGGUGGUAUGUGGCUUACAAUAGAGUGAUCAGUCCAUUCUUGACUCAAAGAACCAAGAGCAAGUUUGUGUUUGCUGGCCCUACUAAAACUGCUGAGACCCUCCUCAAAUACAUAGCACCCGAGCAAAUACCGGUUCAAUACGGUGGCCUAAGCAAACAGGACGCCGAACAAGAAUUCACCACUGCUGAUCCUGCAACCGAGGAAAUUAUUAAGCCAGCUUGCAAGCACAUCGUUGAAUUGCCAAUCACUGAGGCUGGUACAUUUGUUUGGGAGGCUAGAGUUAUUGGAUGGGACGUUUCUUACGGUGCUGAAUUUGUACCGAGCGCUGAAGGAGGGUACACAUGGAUAGUACAAAAGUCUCGUAAAAUUGGACCGGUCGACGAAACAGUUGUUAGCUGCAGCUUCAAAGUCGGUGAAACCGGAAAGGUUGUCCUAACAUUCGACAACCAAACUUCGAAGAAAAAGAAGCUUCUUUACAGGUCCAAGACCAAGGCCUCUGAAUGAAGAGGAACUCCUUUGUUUUCAGUCACAUAUUCUUUUCUCUGAUUGCUAUUUUUAUUAAAACUUUUAUUUAGUUAUUUUAUUUUAAUUUUUAUUAUUUGUUUGCUGUUGAAUUGAAGUUUUGUUGUUGGGUGUUUUCUUUACAAAGGGGUCUGGAAAAUGUAUGAAAUAUGAACAGAAAUUGUCAUUUUAAUUUUAUUUUUUAGUGUGAAAAUGUGGACAGAAGCUUUUAUUACAGCUGGCUUUUUUCUUCAUAG